UAUUUCCUAAUUAUUAACAAUCAAAUAUUCCUUGGAUUUAUGAAUAUCCCCACAAUUAAUUUUCUAAUUUUGCAUUACCACUUGCUUUUCUCAUACACAUCAUAUGUCUAUAAAUAUAGUCCCUGAAAAAGAGAAAACCAAACAUAUUUUCACAAAGUCUCCUUCUGCGGAGGUUCUCUCCUUUCUGUCUCCAUGGAGAUUGAGAUAGUCCAAUAUUCAUCUCCAACAUUGCCUGAAGAUAUGAUCUUUCAAGUUCUAACUAGGGUUACAUAUGAAACUCUCAAGCAAUGCAGACUAGCCAGCAAAUGGUGGAACCAUUUAACCUAUGGUUCAAUGUUCAUAGAGCUUCACUGUCAAAGAACUGCCAUGGUGGCUGGAUAUUUCAUCCAAGCUUUUGAAAAGUACAAAAAAAAAUCUAUCUUUAUUUGCAAAGAUAGUCCGCUUGUGGUUCAUGAGUCACCUUCAUUGGAAUUCUUACCUGAGAGGAUGAAGAUUGAAGCAGUUUCCAAUGAAGGGCUGGUGUAUUGUGUGAGCUCUACAUAUAAUGGCCUAAAACCAAGGCAUUACGUUUGUAAGCCUACUACUAAAGAAUGGGUGAAAAUGCCAAACCCUAAAACAAAAUUUUUGACUUAUAAAGCUGCCAUUGUUCUUCUCCAUUCUAAACCUUUGCAUUACAAGAUUGUGAGAUUCUCAGAGCCUCAAUAUCGACAAUCUAGACGAUAUUUCAUUAUGUUAUGUGAAAUUUUCGAUUCGAAAAGGGGAGUUUGGAAAUGGUCAGAGGAUAUAAAAUUAGGCAUACCUGAUUUCUUGAAUGAUGGAAUGGCUAUUUAUGCAAAGGGAGCAAUUCAUUGGCUCACAAACUGUGGGAAGAUUCUAGCAUUUGAUGUCAGAAGUGAGACAUGGAAGCUAAUGUCCUUGCCACAACAACUAGUUGAUGACAAUAAUCAUGAGCUUUGUAGCAAGAAGCUGGUGCAACGUGAAGGAAAACUGGCAAUUUUAUGCGAGAGAGGUGUGAAAUUGGAGAUUUGGGUGAUGGAGAAUUAUUUUAGGCAGACUUGGAAGAUUGAAGAAGAAGUGUUGGUGAACAGUUGUGGGAGUGUUGUUGAUCUUUUUGCAAAUGAUAUUGCCCUUGUUUUAGGGUAUGGUUGUGUGACAUUUUACAAUUUUCAUGGUGGAAAUUCAACUACUUGUAAGGUUGAUGAGCAUUUUUAUCCUCAUAAUGCUUUUCCUUUCUACUCAGAUUUUGAGCCUGUAUUUCUUUCUGGGUAGGACCAAUUUGGAAUUUUUUAUUUUUUUUCCUUUUGGAUGUAUUUUUUUUCUAGUUAAAGGGUGGAGGGAUUGAGAAAGUUCAAUUUUCAGACAGUUACUGUAUUUUUU